GCAAAUGAGACCUUUGCUUUUGUUGGAAACGUGACACACUACACCCGGGUCUGGCUCAACAUCUCCGCCCAGCUCAGGACUUUUCUGGAGGAGGGUCGUCUGCACAACCACUUGGUGUGGCUGCAGCAGCUGUCCUCAGAGCUGCAGCAGCACCCUGAGCUGUUGAAUGGCACAGACAGUGAGCUAAUGCAGGGUCUGAUGGAGGGAAACUACAGCCUUCCGAACAUCUCCAUCCUGCUGGAGCAGAUGGACACCAUCGACAACGCUGCCUGCGGCUGGACACGCUUCAUGUCUAAGGUUAGUGUUGAUGUCUUCAAGGGCUUUCCCAACGAGGACAGCAUCGUCAACUACACCCUGAACCAGGCCUACCAGGACAACGUGUCUGUGUUUGCCAGUGAGUCCUCAUACACUCAAACACUUAUAGUUUCUUGGGAUUCAUAUUUUACAGUGCACAUGUAAAUAU